AUUAUUAUAGAAUAUAGUUAUGAGUUAUGACUUUAUAGUAUUUAUAUUUUUACGCCAACUUACUAUAUUGGUCUAACUCCCAUUAGAACGUUUAUUUUAAACCCAUUUUAUUCUCAUAGAAACUGCUUUCCAUUUAGUAGUCGACUGGAUUAUAUGCUUGUAUUAUUUUCUUAGUAGUCUCGUUGAAAUUAAUCGCUUCCGCGUGUUCUUUGGAUUGUUAUACUGCUGAGAAAAUUAUCUGAUAAUCAUGAACGACCAUGAAUUUGAACUCAACAAUAUUAUACAAAGGUCUACUCAAUUGUUACAAAAUAUCCAGACAGGUGCUGCAGUACCGGCUAGAGUUGCUCCACCGAUGACCACAACCUCAACUCAUCCUCCAAUAACAAGUCCUAAUCAUCCUCUCAACUCGGGUGUGCCGAGAGUCCAUAGAAGAGCUACAAACAGCAUCCCAACACAGUAUUCUAUUCCUAGUAUUCCUGGUAUUCCUAGUAAUGCUUACAAUGGACAGUUCAAUAAUUAUGGAUAUAGAGGUAUGACAAACAUGAAUAUUGGUGGAUUCAACCCUUACAAUACAUUUGGACAACUACCAAACACUCCAUUCACAAAUCCGUACGUAAAUGCAGCAUCUGAAAAUUCUCGUCCUGCUUUUGAUUCAAUACAGUCUGUUGUUCAAUCAUUUAACUCGAUCAGUAUGAUGUUAGAGUCUACAUUUACCGCAAUGCAUAUGUCUUUUCAAGCAAUAUUAAGUGUAGCUGAGAAUUUUAGUCGUCUAAGAAUGUUUAUGAUGAAAUUGUAUUCAACUAUUGUAUCAUUCAAAUUAGCUCGUUGGUUUUUAACUAAACUUUUUUAUCUAUUAAAAAUGGUAAGAGGAGGUAGUGGAUCGAGUACCGAAGAAGACUUGUGGGCAACUUUAUCAUCUGCAGAUAACCAUAGAGAAAUAAUAACCUCUGAUGGACGAUCUUGGCCAUUAGUAGUUUUUACUGGACUUCUAGUCAGUACACCGUAUCUUGUAUACAAAUUACUCAAUUCAGUAACACCAGUAGCGGCUGUAGCUGGCCCUACUGUCAAUAACAGUCUACCUUCAAACAUGAUUAUUGCCACUGCGCAUUAUGACUGGAGCAGUACAGAUCCAAAAACUAUUCCUUUGGUGAAAGGAAAGUCUUAUUUGACAUCUCAAGAAUAUAUAGCAUUAGCCAGAGAAACUGGAUGGCUACGUGUCGAUAGCUGUGAUGGGAAACAAGGAUAUGUACCCUUUAGUUGUUUUAAGGCACGCAAAACUGAUAUUCACUCAAUAGAGUCUCAGAGACAAUAUAAACCCAAUGUGAGUACCAAUAAUGCACCAUCAAACUCAAUUCCUCAACAAGUGCAACCAAAAUCAUCAACUCCGGUCACUGAUGUACAUGGUAACCCAAUAUCUCUACCUCAUCCAUUGGUUGAUUGUGAUAAAUCCAACAUUGGUAGGCAGUGAUUGUAAAAUAAUAUUUUUAUUAUUAGUUAUAUAUUAAUUGUUAUGUGUUCUCUUACAUGUAAUCAAAAAAUUUGUAUAAAAAACAAAAUAAUAAUCAAAUAUUAGGAAUUUGCAGACUAUGAAUGUAGACAAAAAAAUUAUACAAACAGUAUUUAUUUUGUUUUAAGAUUUUACUAUCAUUAUCAUGUCUGAAACAUAUAAAACUCAACAAUAUUUUAAAUUUGUUACCAUCAUAUUUGGCAAGGUUUCAAAUUAUACUUAUAAAUAUUUUUUUAUUUUACAUUCAUUCUAUAGUUAUUGUGUAUGGAGAUAGAUCAAUUGUAUUAACUAAUAAGACUUGUUUUAACUUUAAAACUUAAAUAUUGUAAUUUUUUUAGGGAUAAAAAAAUGUUUGUUGGUAAAUUUUAUUCUU